AUGUGGACCCACACUUGGAUCUUGGACUUUGUGGAUCACAUAGCACACAAAGAAUUUUUGUUUUUUUUUACUUUGAUUCACACUAGGUUUUGUGUCGUGGGUACGUUUACAAACAUACAAGUUCACAAACACAUCACACCCAGACCCGGAACAACAAUCUGUGGAUCACACAAAGACUUGUACCGUGCGCAAACCAAAUCCUCGACACGUUGCGCGGCAGCCAUUUGUCCAGCCACCGCACCAACCGUGCAGUCAAUAGUAGCACGGAGUCUGGAAAUGCGCCCGGUAUAUGGCAAUAGGCUCACCCCCCAGGGGACUUAUAACAUAAAUAGUGAAAAGUGGGUGUUACAUUGUACAGUGGCGUUAAGAGCCGGUGAGGCGGGAGGGAGUGUCAGACUCUUACUGACUAAAAACCACCCCGUUCCUACUCCUGCACUUCGAGCCGGAGCCCCGGGUUAUCUCCUGUGUCGUGGGUGGGUUUACAAACAUACAAGUUCACAUACACGUGACACCCAGACCCGAAACAACAAUCUGGAUCACACAAAGUGUUGUUCCGUGCGGAAAUCGAACCCACGACACGUUGCACGGCAGCCGGUUGCCCAGCCACCAUACAACCGUGCAGUCAAAGUGCAGUUAUUUAAUACGUGA